AGCAGGCUGCGCAGACCACAGCACGUCUUCUCGAGAUGCUUAGACAGACACUUCUCGUUUUGGCCCUCGUUGCCUGUGUGCUGGGUUCGGCACUGCCAGUGCGUCGACUGCCGCACACCGGACCAGCUCGGCAUUUGGCUCUGUCCAGGGGACGCAUCGUCGGGGGACAUGACGCCAGCAGAGGUGAGUUUCCUUACCAGGUGUCACUGCAGCUGGUCUUCUCAGGUACCCGUGUACACGAUUGUGGUGCCUCCAUCCUCACCAGCAAUGCUGUCCUCACCGCCGCACAUUGUGCUACCGACUCUGGAUCCUUAAUUGCUGUGGCUGGAGAAUACGACUUAUCCAGCAAUGAUGGGAGUGAGCAGGAGAUACAAGUCGCAGAUCAGAUUGUGCAUCCCGACUAUACUGGAGACGUAGCUCCACACGAUAUUGCUGUCUUCACCCUGCAGUCCUCACUGUCUCUGGGCACGUACGUGCAGACUAUCAGUUUGCCCACUGCUGGUUCAAUCCCUGCAGGUGGAUCUACAGCUGUCUUAUCUGGCUGGGGAGCAGCGGACGAUCCAAUGGAGACUGUUCUACAGACAGUUGAUGUCACAGUCAUCGACUAUGAAACUUGCAGACAAAAUAUUGAUGACAUAUAUUCGGGGCCGAACCCACUUACAGAGACUAUGGUCUGCACAGGACCCAUCUAUGAUGGCAUCUCUGUCUGCUUUGGUGAUUCCGGAGGACCCCUGGCGCAGAACGGUGAGCUCAUCGGUGUUGUGUCCUGGGGAAUGAUGCCGUGUGGUACUCAAGGUGCUCCAUCUGUCUUCACCAGAGUGUCUGCAUACCUGGACUUUAUCAAUCAAAAUAUAUGAAGGGCCACAGAUCAUCUCACAUGGCACAACAUAUGCAAAUUUACUAAAUUAUUUCCACAAGCAGCAUUUCAGUUCAACUCUACAUUACUAUUGUACUCUUGUGCUAACUGGACCUCAAUUUUAAACACUGAUUAUAGUAAAAGUACCAUUCCAAAACCAUAUUUAUCUUUUUUA